AUGGCUGUGUCUUCAAGCUUGAAGGCUGCCAGUGCCACUGCCGCCUACAGCAAGGAUGAACCCCUUGAGCUAAAGACACUAUUGGUGAAGUACCUGAAGAUCUACUGCCAGCGUUCGACUGUGCAUGGAGUCAAGUACAUUUUCGACAAGGAUCUAAACAAGCUGGAAAGACUUUUUUGGAUAUUAAUAGUUAUGGCGGCCAUUGUAUUUAGCGUUGCAACAUUUUUUGUACUUUUAUUCAACUACAACGAACAAAUUGUCCUUACUGUCAUCGAUGACUCCCACUAUCCUGUUUUCAAUAUACAUUUUCCAGCUGUGGCGGUCUGCACUCACGAACGAAUAAAUUGGAACAAAUUCGACGAGGCAAGGGACUUAUUCCUACCACCGGAUUCCCCAAACGAAACGAAGGUAAUAUUUCGUGAAUUUGUUCAACGAAUGGCAAUGCUUCGCUUUGGGGGAUUUAGUCAAUUCAACAAUACCGACGAUAUCCCCUUGGAGAAGAUUGAUUUUGUAAAUGUUACGGAGCUGGCUUUGUUCUUGUCAUUUGAAUGUGAAGAGCUAUUCGACGGGGAUUGCCUGUGGCAGCAAGGAAAUAAGUUCAAUUGUUGUGAAAUAUUUGUGAUGGAAAAGUCAGAAGUGGGAUUUUGUUGGGUAUUUAAUUCGCUGGUAUCGGCCGAAUCCAAGCAGAAGGUGAAAAAUGAUAAAUCUUAUCCCUGGAGAGGUUUCAAAUCGGGGGAGAAUUCGGGUUUGAAUUUUCGAUUGAAAUUGAAUGCUACAUCAUCGUUUGGGCAACCAAUUCACAGGGAUGGAAUUGAUUUAAUGAUCAAAAAAUCAACACAAUGGACGGAUGUAGUUUAUUCAAUCAAAGGAAAUACGGAUUCGUUAGUUGUAAUCAGACCAGAAUUAAAAACAACCGAUCCAGCAACAAGAGAAAUUCCACCCGAAGUUCGAGGUUGUAUGUUUGAUUCUGAAACAGACCAUUAUUUGUACAAAAAUAUCAAAGGAUUAAGGUAUUCCCAAUGGAACUGUUUUAAUGUUUGCCACGAGGAGCAUCUUCUCAGUAUAUGCAAUUGUACGAUUUCAAUAUUUUUCCCACAAAAUGAUUCAUACCGGGAAUGUUCUCCAUCAGAUUUUAGUUGUUUGUAUAACUUUCGAGAAGUGUUCAGCUACGACAAGCGUUUGGACGAGGAGAAGUACAUAAACAAUAUCAAAAGUGGAAUGCUGUGUCCUUGCCUAAUUCGCUGCGAUAGUGCAGUUCAAUAUUUUGUCACCAUAAGUUCACUGCCAACUAUGGAAACUGUUCCCAACGAUACCAGAAUAAUGUCAAUUGAUGUGCAUUAUCAAACUGAUUCCUUAAUCAAAUACCGGGCUAUAAGGGAAUUCACAUUCAUGGAAAUGGUUGCAAGCUUAGGAGGAAUAGUCGGACUUCUGCUAGGUGCAUCAAUCCUAAGCGGAAUAGAGAUUAUCUACCACUUGACUCUUGGCCUUGUGAUAUUCCUUAAAGACAAUUACUUCUUCUCCAGAAUGUGGAUUCGCUUUAAAAAUAACCUUAAAAUGAACACACAACAAAAUCAGAUUUCUCCUAAAAACAACCACAAUUACCCCAAACAAGUGUGGCACGAUUAUCCGAACAGAAGGCGACGAAAGAACCACCACCACCAACAACAACAACAACACCAACGUUAUUAG